AUGUCUGACCUGACGUGUAUGGGCAUCUCAAAAGUUAACGACAUGGACCUCGCCGAGAUUCUACGGAUUAUGGCGAACCAGCGGGACCUUGGAUUCUUGGACGACAUCCGAAAGACAGGUCGUCUGCCCAUGAAGCGUGCCACGCUCGAACAGAUCAAGGCUUAUCAUGCCCACAGAUUGCAAUCGUGUCCUGCCCAGUCUCAAAAGCCAAACGAUCCGCCCCUCCAAGGCGAAAACGAGGAUCGACAGACCCAUACACAGGCGAACGAUAACGACACGCUCUCGUAUGUCUUUGAAGGGGUCGCCAAGAACAUUCAAGUGGAGAGGAAGGACGGAUCUGGAGACUUUGAAGAUGCCAUCCGUCCAGAUGGAACUCAUUGGAACCAGUCUCCACUUCCAAAAUUCAAAUCGCCUGGUCCUUCGGUGCGCAACCGCAGCGAGAUAAUACUCGCAGUCGCAUGGAUAUCCCUAAGCUUUCCUGAGCCGGUGCCCAGGUAG